GGAAGCGGGAGCGGUGCGAUGCCAUGGAGCUCGUAGGUAGUGCGCAGUUCGGGAAGCGGGAAGGCGAGCGCGAGCCGGUGCGCGUAGCCGCGUCUGCGGGGCCGUCGAGCAGCAAGCUGGAGCAGGAGAAGCUCUCCGGUGUGGUCAAGGGCGUCCACAGAAAGCUGCGCAGGAAAUACAGAGAAGUGGGAGACUUUGAGAAGAUCUGGCGUGAACAUUGUGAGGAUGAGGAGACCCUCAGCGAGUACGCCCUGGCGAUGAAGAACCUGGCUGACCACCACUGGGCGCGGAGCUGCGAAGGCGAAGGGCGCAUCGAAUGGUGCCGUAGUGUCUGUCAGGAGUACUUCCAAGGUGGAGGGUUGAAGAGGGCCCUGGAGAAAGACGAGAAGAGCGCCAGACACUCGGGGAGCGCAACGGUCGCAGCUCCGCACUGUCAGCAAGACGAGUCCCACAGGAUGAACCAUCAAUCAGGGAAGGUUCGUUUACUGGAUGUUGGCAGCUGUUUUAACCCCUUCCUGAAGUUUGAUGAAUUUGUUACUGUCGGCAUUGACAUUGUGCCUGCAGUUGAGAGCGUACACAAGUGCGACUUUCUCAACCUGCAGCUGCAGCCACCCCUGCAGUUGGCACCAGAUGAUACGAAUGCCUUCCUGCUGCAGCUGCGCAGUCCUAUCGAUGCCCUGCCUGCUGAGCUAUUCCACGUGGUCGUCUUCUCGCUCCUGCUCUCCUAUUUCCCCUCGCCCUACCAGCGCUGGAUCUGCUGCAAGAAGGCCCACGAGUUGCUGGCGCUACACGGCCUGCUGCUGGUCAUCACGCCUGACUCAUCGCACCAGAACCGGCACGCGCUCAUGAUGCGCAGCUGGCGCGUGGCCGUGGAGUCGUUGGGCUUUAAGCGCUACAGAUACGUCAAGUUCUCCCACAUGCACCUCAUGGCCUUCCGCAAGGUUUCGCUCAAGACCACCAGUGACCUGGUGAGCCGCAACUACCCUGAGAUGCUGUACAUCCCACAGGACUUCAACAACGCCGACGAGGAAGACUACUCUGAUGUGCCUGUGCCAGUGCGCUCCGGGUUCGAGGACGACCAGCUGGCACGCUGCUUUGCCGAGCUCCCGGAUGCGCCCUACGACUCGGACUCUGGGGAGAGCCAAAGCAGUUCCGCACCCUUCCAUGAGCUGGAUGACCCUGUCCUGCUGCAGAGCUAGGCUGCCCACAUUAAAUGUGUUCCAUAUUCUCUUUGUCUAUAAAAUCAGUGCCGUUUGCACAGAGAGAUAAGGAUGUUUACACAGAUAGGUUUAUUUUUUUCCAAAUAUGAUAUUGUCUCUCUCUCACACACACACACACACACACACACACACACACACACAGAGGUAAGUGAGAGAGGGGACGCCUUUUGAAUGAAAGAUUGGUUGUCCAGGAUGCCCGUACAGUAGAAUAUUAGCCUGCUCCUUAAUGUUUGCUUCUUGCUUUCAUUUACCUUUUAUCAGAACUUCUUAAAACACAUCAUAUUACAAACAUGAUGAAUGUGGUUGUGACCCUGAGGGCUUUUGGAGCCUCUUGUCUGAAAGAAGCAACUUAGCAGCCUUUGCUAUUGGUGGAAGUGGGGGAGGGGGGGGGCAGUUCUGUCGGGGUGGCCAUCAACUUCCUGAAGAAGUUACUCUUGUUGCCUAUGGCUCUGUUAAAUUUUCUUGACUGAUAAGAGUUGUCAGUUCGCUUCUGAACAAAAUGGUGUUGGCCGUUUUAAAGACAACGCCUUUUUUAAAAUGAGACCUUUUGGCUGCUGGAUAUUUGAUUGGCAGGUUUUGUGUGAUUUUAAUCUUUUACUUUCUAAAAACAUGACUGCAGGUUAAUUUGGGGAAAAACAGUUUAUCCCUUUCAUCCCUCUGAUUAAGGUUACUUGGCUGUGGUGGGAUGGAAAAAACUUCAGGCAGUCUUGUUUUGCUGUUUUGUUUUCAGGCAACCAGUUUUUAGAUACAGUUACUGAUGGCUGAAGACAAACAAGUCUUGAGUUUGAAUUCAGGUGUGAAAUUUGGUCAUUGUAAAGUAUCUUUCUCGCCUGUUUUUGAAAGGAUGUUUUUCAGUCAAGCUUAACAUUCUGUAAUUGAUUAUUGAAUAUUUAGUGAUUGUAUUCAUUCAUGCUCAGCUUUCCCUCGAUUAGACAUUUGAAAUCUCAAACUGCACUUUCAUGCAGAUGCUCCUGUCAGCCAAAAGUUCUUUUGAUAUGAAUGCAUUUCUAAAAAUUGCAUUGUGUCCUGUAGUCAGUGUCUUGUACUUCUUUACAAUACUUUUACCUCAGUGAGGUUUUGCACUAAUAUGCUGUCUGGUCUCAAUAAUAGCUGAUUUUCUUUUGAGUGCAUUUUUUUGAAAAAGCUUGUGGUGACCUUAAAGAAGUACAGUACUGCACCUUAUAAUGUUCUGCAUUAGCUUUGUUAUUGUUCUUAAUAACACUAGCAAAACAAAUUAAUGUUGCACUUGUUACAAUAUACCUUUGAAAAGUGUGUACUUGUUUGUGAUUGUCGGAUUUGUUUUCCUGCUCAGUGGUGCCAAAACUGUAAAGUCCAGAUGUUUGCUUUUUUUUUCUGGGUAAAAUGUAAGUAGAGGAAAUGGCCUGAUAACAUUUUCAGAAACAGCCUUCUUUUUGGCUGAAGGUUGACAUUAGUACGUGGGCCAUUAUAUAAGGUGCCUUUUUAAACCCAGUCUGUGUGUGUGUUUACUCCUUUUUCCUGUUUUCUUGCUCAUGUUUGAACAACUGUAUGGUUCUACAGGGCCAGCACAAAAUGGACAUGGAUCAUAUGAUUCUCAAGAUGAAUUAAUAGUUUCUUUUCUGGAUUGCAUUUACUCUGCAUUUGGUUAUUUGCAUUGACCUUUAAUAGUAAGGAUAUUUUACAAUGUAAUGUGUGAGUGUGUGGUUUUUUUUUUUUUUUUUUUUUCUCCCCCCUCUCUCUCUCCUCUGUGGGCGGUUGGUUCUGAACCGUAGUGGGUUUACUGAUGGGAGGUGAAACAAGGUUAAUUCACAUUUCUUUGCUCUGCGUGUUCCACUGUGCAUGACCGACUCCAUUCUAUGUGUAAACAGACUGUGAUUGCCACUGGGCACAGAGGUGCUCCUCGCGUUGUGUUUCUCCUUUUAUAAAUGACUGUGAAUGCACUUUGCUGUGUGGCUUAUUGUCUCCUCUCUGCACACAUGGCAUUGUGGGUACUGCUCAUUCCAGCGUACCGCGAUGAGGGACACAACACAUAGCAGGGCAGGUCACACUGUCACAAAUCAGCAUGGCUUUUUUUUUUAAAAAAAUUUUAUUUUGCAUCUGCUAUGCAGAUUUAUGGUUCGCAUUAUAGACUUUUAAACAAAGUAUGAACUUUGGGGGUGGGGAGCUAAAGUAAAAGGGACAUGACCAACACUUUUUCACCUAACCACGUACAACCAUUCCCCGACAUGCUUCCGAGUUCUGUUCUGACUGUCUUGGACCUGGACAACAUUCUUUAAUUCUACUCAGUUUCUGUCAUAAUUAUCUAAUUUU